CGUGGGCAUCAGGAAGAAGUAACCUGUUGAAUCUAUUUCUCCUCCCCACCCUUACUGCUUCCCACAAGGGGGAAGCCGCUGACCAAUAAGCCUCUUCCAAAAAAGAAGUAAAGGGAGGUAGACAAGGGGCGGUGGCGGAGCCUGGCUACUGCAUUCCGUGGGAGGCGCAACAGUUACUUUCUACCUGCUGAGUUCGGUGAACCAGUUCAUGCGGGCGGGAAACUGCAUAUGAGAAAAGGGCCAGGAUAGAGGAGGUAUUUAUUUGUUCAUUUUGAGGACUAAAUUUAGAAUCCAUCAUCUACAGACCCAUUUGUAGCUUGUGUCUGGGGCACUCUCUCUGCCUCAGAAAGAGGACAGCAAAGGAAAGGCCCGUCUAGGCCACCUCCCUUCCGUGUUUUCCCUAGCCCAAAACGAUAGAACCGCAUGGCUUCCGCGGUCUGGGGGAGUGCCCCCUGGUGGGGCCCGCCGCCCCCGGCCCCAGCUCGGCCGCUCACGGACAUCGACUUCUGCUCCGGGGCGCAGCUGCAGGAAUUGACCCAGCUGAUCCAGGAGCUGGGUGUGCAGGAGAGCUGGAGUGACGGGCCCAAGCCCGGAGCCGAUCUCCUCCGGGCCAAGGACUUUGUCUUCUCUUUGCUUGGUCUAGUUCACCGCCGGGACCCUCGCUUUCCUCCCCAGGCAGAGCUCUUGCUGCUUCGUGGUGGGAUUCGCGAGGGCUCCCUGGAUCUGGGGCAUGCACCCCUGGGUCCCUACGCCCGAGGACCUCACUACGAUGCCGGCUUCACACUUCUAGUGCCCAUGUUUUCACUGGACGGCACUGAACUGCAACUGGACCUGGAAUCCUGUUACGCACAGGUCUGCCUCCCAGAGCUGGUGUGCGGAACCCCCAUCCGGGAAAUGUGGCAGGAUUGCUUAGGACCCCCAGUCCCAGGAGCACGUGAUUCGAUCCGCCGAACGGAGAGCGAAGAAAGUUCCAAGGACUUGCAAAGCUCUGUAGACCAGCCGCACAGCUACGUCACUGAGCACGAGGCGCCAGUGUCUUUGGAAAAAUCACCUAGUGACGUUUCAUCGUCCGAGUUGCCUCAGCAUGACGUCGUCGACCUUGGCUCUACCGCGCCUUUGAAAACACUGAGUAGUGACGUCACCAAGGCAGACGUCGAAAGCCCAGUCCCAAAGCCGUCCGAGGCUCGGGAAGCGUGGCCCACAUUAUGUCCCUCCCAGGUGGCUGCCUGGUUCUUUGCUACGCUGGCGGCGGUCGCCGAGUCUCUGAUCCCUGUCCCGGGUGCUCCGCGUCUGGUGCACGCAGCUCGCCACGCGGGUUUCACCACCGUCCUCCUGGCUACCCCUGAUCCCCCUCGCCGCCUCCUGCUCUUCGACCUGAUCCCAGUGGUAUCCGUGGCCGGCUGGCCCGAGGGGGCUCGGAGCCACUCAUGGGCUGGUCCUCUGGCCUCUGAGUCGGCUUCCUUCUACCUGGUGCCCGGUGGCGGCACCGAGCGACCGUGCGCCUCCGCCUGGCAGCUCUGUUUCGCCCGCCAGGAGCUGGCGCUCAAAGCGCGCAUACCAGCGCCGCUGCUACAGGCGCACGCGGCGGCCCAGGCGCUACUGCGCCCGCUGGUGGCCGGGACCCGGGCAGCGGCGCCCUACCUCCUGAGGACGCUGCUGUACUGGGCGUGCGAGCGGCUGCCCGCGCUCUACCUGGCGCGGCCAGAAAAUGCGGGCGCCUGCUGCCUCGGGCUGCUAGACGAGCUGGGCCGAGUGCUCGAGGCCGGGACUUUGCCUCACUAUUUUCUGAACGGCCGAGAGCUCCGUACUGGGGACGGCUCCGCUGCGCUGCUCGGCGAAUUGGCCCGGCUCCGCGGGGACCCUGCCCGGGCCCUCCGUGCCGCGGUGGAGGAGGCCAAGGUGGCCCGCAAAGGGGGUGGUUUGGCGGGCGUGGGGGGCGGGGCCCAUUAAAGAAGCUGUUCCUACUAGUGGAAA